UGGCUUGAGUUCGAGACGAGCUUCCGAAAACGUUACAGCACAAUUUCACUAUGCAUUCCGUGAUGGGGCCAUUGAUUUUGUUGGCUAUAUUUGCGUGCGACUGUGUCACGAGCGAAGAAUUUCUAAGGAUAGAACUGGAUGACCGACUAAAACAGCGAUACGCCAACGAUUCGGAUGACACUCGAUUGGAAAUGGACCAAGAGAAUACGAAACAACCAAUACGGAAAAUUGGCGAGUCUUCAAGCAACGACAUGUUGAAUGUUAUCCCAACAGAUUUGUCAGAACGGUCCUUUCAAAAGUAUUACGAGUUACGUCACAGACUAAAAUUUAGAAAACUAGUGAAUGUCAAUAAAGAAAAAGAUGCUCUGCCGGUAGAAAGUACUACUGUUCCAACAACAACAACAACAGAAAGGGUGACAACGUCAACUACAAAGACGAUUGAAGAACUUCCAGCAACCACCCCUCUUGCAUAAAAAGCAAGACCUUCCUGAAGACGAAGAGUUUCCCGAGCUAAUGACAGGCACAGUCGAUGAUUACGACAUUAUCGUGUUUAUGGAUAAAGAACAACUGGAACAAGAGCCUAUUUUUUCGCCUUCCGGUGUCGGAUUCUUUCAAGGCAUCGUAAAUUUCGUCAGAUGGUUAAUCUUCCAAUCGGCUGAAGUCGAAGUGGAAGAUUACGAGGACUAAAUAUGCCAAACGUUUCUUUUUUUAAAACAAUACAUUUUUAAAAAUAGUUUAGUAACAACGUCGAGUAAACGUUUCUUUUAGGGGCAUAGAGUACUAGUUAGAAAGUCAAACGUUUAUAUAGAAUACAAGUGAUUAAUUUUCAAGCUAUAAAUUUGAGUCAGUCGAGUGUGGAAGAUAAAACUGUGACAAUGAGUUUCUUGCAAACUUUGCAAAAUAUUUUCGGUAAAAGUGUCCUUGGUGCUGGAGAAAACAAAAUCAUAAAGACAUCUAAUCCUGCCUACAGAGAAUGGCAAGAAAGAAUGGAAGCCAUUUUGAAACCAGGAAAGAGAAGCUACAUCAUCAGAAGUCUUUGGCAUGUAGAAUGUUCUCGCUGCAAUCACUACAUGUACCAAUCCAAAGAGGAAACGUUGGUAGAACAAACAAGACUUUGCGUCGAAAACUACAGAGUGGCUUUCAGUGGUCUAAAAGAUUGUUUUGAUGGCAGAGAUAAAUCGGGAAAUCCUUGGAAAACGAAAUACCCUGCCCUGUUAUCUAAUGACAAUGUUCACGUCAUCAAAACACUUGAGAAAAAAUGGACCAAAAUGUUUCCGACGUUGGACAUGAGUCCAGUUGCAGAGGAUUUAAAAUUUCUCGUUCAUGCCGAUCCGUACUUCCAUCGAGCUUGCAAGUUGCCCGAUACGCACGAUCCGUUUCUUCUGGAGAAUUACCAACGUGUCCUCAAAUCGCUAGCAAAGAUCGCGUCCACUUUGGAGAAAGCCAAGAUUGCCGAGUUAAUACUUUUGUAUGUAAAUGAAAAGACAUUUUCUCUGGAACAUAAUGAGCCAUAUACUGUUACGUGCUGGGGAGAACCUGCUUACGCUUUUCUCGGUGGACCGUUGACUGAGCAACAGUUGACAUGGAUGAUGUUUGCUAUCAAUAUCGCCCAUGUUCCAGAAAAAGAGUCGGACCAAAUAAGGUACACUCACGACGAUGAGACGGUUGAAUCGCCGGUGGUCGAAGAGAACGUGGCGCCGUCUUAAAUGCGAAACAUCCUUCGUCAUGUCAUCACCGUUUUCCGCAUACCUUCUACGUCCACAAGAGAAUAAAGAGAAUAUAGGACACCUCGUAAUGUAGUUUUUAAAACUAUGUAAAUCGUUAAACAAGAAUUAGAAGACACAGUUAACAUUGUA